UGCAAAACAAAACUAAAUAAACUAAAUCAAAUUGGAGCCUGAAUUCAUAGAAAAUUCGCUAUACCGCAUCAUUUAAACGCCGUAAACUAAAUCAUAACUUAUGGGCAGUAGUGUUGUCUCUCAAUUGGCUCUAAAGUACGCUGCAGUGAUAUUCUUUCCCACUGUUGCAGUCGGCUCCAUCUACGCAGAUUGGUCGCACACCCGCAAGUGGAAACGCCAGAAACACCAGUUGGCACACAGCGCUCAGCUAAAGAGUCAGAGCUAGGAGGAAGCUACUUUGUCGAU